AACUCGCCAGCUUGUUGUGUUUUAACUACAUCCAUAUGGCUCCAGAUGAGAUGUGGGAAAUAAGAAAUCUGUGCGGCUAGCUAACGCUUCACAUCCCCUACCAGCGAGGGUUACGGCCGGGAACAGACCUGCGAUCCCCGGCUACGGGAUAAGAGAAGAGUCGGUGGAUUCCUCACACUUCAAGGAGAAAGUUUACACUGAAGGAUUACUACUGGCAGCCUUUCUUUGGACCUUAUCUUCCGACCAUGUCCUCGUCUAAAUAGCUGUGGUGGAGGUCGAGGAUGGCCGCAGACGUGGAUAAAAGAACCCCCGAGGAAGUGGGCGAGACUUCCCCGCAGAAUGGGCACCGGACCCCGGGCUCUGGGUCCUGGAUCUACCGGGGGAUGUGGACCCUCCUGGUGGUCUGUGCUGUUCCGCUUGUCGCUUUCGGGAUCAAGUAUUACCAAGAUGCCCAGCUCAUCAAACGUCAUGAAGAGAGUGUUCGAACUCUGGGCGCCGAGGGCCUUUUUCUUUUCUCCUCCUUGGACACCGACCGUGACCUGUAUCUCAGUCCGGAGGAGUUCAAGCCCAUCGCAGAGAAACUCACAGGGAUUUCACCCCCGGUGGAUUUCGAGGAGGAAGUGAUCCAGGAUCCCAACGGAGAGACUUUGACCUUGGAGGCCAGGAUGCAGCCUCUGGUGCUCGACACCAUGACCAAAAGCAAGGACGGUUUUCUUGGGGUGUCCCACGGCUCUCUGAGCGGACUGCGGUCUUGGAAGAGCCCUGCAGUGCCUUCUUUGUCAUUCUCUGCCGGGCAGUUCAGGGUCUUCCUGCCCCCGAAGAACAAGAUAGAGGUGGGAGACACGUGGUGGGUGAUUCCCAGCGAGCUCAACAUUUUCACUGGAUACCUUCCCAACAAUCGGUACCACCCUCCCACGCCCAAGGGCAGAGAGGUUCUCAUCCACUCCUUGUUGAGCAUGUUCCACCCGAGGCCCUUCAUCAAGUCACGCUUUGCUCCGCAGGGCACAGUCGCCUGCAUCCGCGCCAGCAACGACUAUUAUUAUGACAUAGUCUUCAGGAUUCAUGCAGAAUUCCAGCUCAACGAUGUCCCGGACUUCCCCUUCUGGUUCACGCCGGGACAGUUCACUGGCAACAUCGUCCUCUCCAAAGACGCGUCUCACGUCCGCCACUUCCACCUCUACGUCCCCGGUGACAGGUCUCUGAACGUGGACAUGGAGUGGCUUUAUGGAGCCAGUGAGAGCAGCAACAUGGAGGUGGACAUCGGAUAUCUGCCACAGUUAGAGCUGCAGUCCUCAGGCCCGUCCACGCCCUCCAUCAUAGUGGACGAGGAGGGCAACAUCAUCGACAGCCGAGACGGCAGCACCGACCCGAUCCAGUUUGUCUUUGAGGAAAUCCACUGGACCUCGGAGAUCAGUCGGCAGGAAGCCGCCCGGCGCCUGGAGGUCACCCUCUACCCCUUUAAGAAGGUGUCCUACCUGCCCUUCUCAGAGGCUUUCGAGCGAGCCGAAGCAGAGAAGAAGCUGGUGCAUUCCAUUCUGCUUUGGGGAGCUUUGGACGACCAGUCCUGCUGAGGUUCGGGGCGGACUCUCCGGGAGACAGUCCUGGAAAGUUCGCCCGUCCUGGCCCUGCUCAACCAGAGCUUCAUAAGCACCUGGUCUCUGGUCAAAGAGCUGGAGAACAUGCAGGCUGAUGAGCAACACCCUGCGUUGAGUGAAAAGGCCCGCUUACACCUGGAAAAGUACAGUUUCCCUGUGGAGAUGAUGUUGGCACUGCCCAACGGGACCAUUGUGCACCACAUCAAUGCCAACUUCUUCUUGGACCAAACUGCCAUGAAACCAGAGGAGGAAGGAGCAACUUUCAGCUUCUCCACCAGCUUCGAGGAUCCCUCCACAUCCACUUACAUUAACUUCCUGAAAGAGGGACUGGAGAAAGCCAAGGAGUACAUGGCACUGUAAUAUGUGUGUGCGCAUGUGUUUGUGUGUGUGUGUGCGUGUGCAAGAAUCUAAGAUACUACACGGGAGGAAGUGGCGCCCAUUCCUCUGGGUACUGAUCCAAGAUAAGGACAAAAACAAGUUCAUCAGUGUCGGCAGCUGGAAGGGAAAAAACAGUUUUUGCCUUCUGUCCUUUUUGUUACUAUUUAUUUCCCUCUUGGCCGACAGAUGAGGUUUUCUAUACAGUAUUUGUACUGUUGGUAGUGUACUAUUCUUGUCAAUCCUUACAUGCAUAUUUUAAUGGGAUACAAAGGCCUUGCACAGUGAGCAGAAACAAAUGCCCUUUCUGCUUGUAGCUGCUGAUUAAUGACCAGGCAAGUCCAUCACCACAUAGUGUGGUAUCCAGUGUAUCUUGUUUCAUUUGUUUUUCUGAUAUUGCAUGUGCAAUAUUUUAUGACCGAGCCGGGUUGCGCUGCUGCUGAGCGUACCCAGAGACAGGGCGGCUGCUGUCGUUGCCUCCGGAUUGUGUCUCUGCAGCUGGUGAAGACUUUGCCUGAAAGCUCUCUCCGAGCCGGGUAACGCCUGAUGUUCUUGCCGAGGCUGCCGGAGGGAACACCCUUCUCUGGACUCAGGGGACAAAGGCAGCAGGCGCAACUUAACAGGCACAUAACACGAUUAAUUAAGUUUUUUUUUUUUUCUUAUAGUUUAAAGCCAAAUGUUGAGAUAAUUUUCUGUUCAGAGGAAGAUGAAACCACACCAAAGAACACGUAUGCAGUUAACGUCAUUGGAUGCUUUGCUACUCGCUACGUAUUUAUUUAAGCCGGCGGAACAAAACGGCCAUACCUUGCUAAACCUUUUGAUAACUGAACCGAAGGACACGCCAUUUAGUCUUCACAAAAAAAUAAUCGGUUUGCUUUAGAUUCCUGAGCAAAAGGAAAUUAUUUUUGUUUUAAUGAUAAAAGACGAUAGUCUGGACCUGCAGUUAACUGAAUCUCACUUCAUGUCUCAUUCUCCCCUUUGUUUUUUAAUUUUAAGUCAAACACAGAAAGAUUUGUGUCUUCAAAUUUUGUCCGUAAUUGGUUACUUUUGAGUUUUGCCCAUCUCUGCCUCUUUGGAGCCUUUUUGCAGCAAAACACUGUUACCGUGUAACCUACCAGUGCCAUUGUUUCUCAAAAGGUGAAAUAAAUUUGUUUUUUUUUUGUUUGUUUUUUA